CACGAAACAACAUCUCUUCAUCGGGAAAUAGAAUGUGAUAUUAGAGGCGGGCGUGCGUGGACUGAAGUGUCUGCGUAACGGCUUUGAUUUGUGUAUUGCGAGGCACGAUGUUUAGCUCUCCCCGAUGUUUGUGUUAACCUAUCUAUUAGUAAACUGAAGGUGUGAAGUGUAGUGCGUUAUUGGAAGUGAGUUCUUGAAAUGUGAAUAAGUGUUGUCAAUAUGAUGUUGCAUUGUGUACUACACAACUAACUUCUAAGACGCGAAAAUCGAAUCUUACGGAGGUUUAUUCACAGAAUUACGAUACUCAUUCUGCAAAGCGCGCCAAGAGAAACUUCUCCGAUUCCCAGUUUAUAUUCCAACUGUCGCCAUGAGUUCAGGAAUGUUAUAUGGGGGCGAUGAAAUAGGAGCAUUGGUCUUUGAUAUUGGCCAUUAUUCUCUCCGUGUUGGGUACGCACAAGAAGAUACACCGAAAGCCGAGAUUCCAGCCGCUGUCGGUAUAGUGAAAGAUGGGAAUCAAACAGCAUCAGUUAAUACAGAAUCGAUGGAAACAGAAGACAAGAAAGUCGAUCCCCAAAACAUAACUUCAUCAAACAAAUAUUACAUCGAUACGAACUACUUACAUGUUGUUCGGCCCGGAAUGGAAGUUGCUACUUACAUGAAAGAUUGUAUGAUCGAUGACUGGGAUUUAUUCGAGCAAGUUCUGGAUUAUACGUACGCAAAAUGCAUACAGUCCGAGUCUGAAUAUCAUCCAGUAUUAAUGUCAGAGGCACCAUGGAACGUGCGAGCAAAACGUGAAAGACUGACAGAAUUAAUGUUUGAGAAGUAUAACGUGCCUGCAUUUUUUCUGGUGAAAAAUGCAGUGCUAGCCGCAUUUGCCAAUGGGAGAGCGACGGGCAUUGUCAUAGACAGUGGAGCAACGCACACCUCUGCUGUACCAGUGCAAGAUGGUUUUGUCUUGACUCAAGCCAUUGUAAAAUCUCCUCUGGGUGGAGAUUAUAUUAGUAUGCAGUGUAAAAAUUUUUUGCAGGAAAGUGGCAUAGAAAUUGUCCCUCCAUAUAUGAUUGGCUCCAAAGAGGUUGUCAAAGAAAGGGAGAAGGCACGCUGGGUAAAAAAACGAAACCUACCAGAAGUAACGCCUUCAUGGCAUAAUUACAUGACAAAGAAAGUUGUCCAGGAUUUUCAAGCUAGUGUAUUGCAAGUGUCGGAAACUCCAUAUGAUGAGAAAACUGUAUCUUCCAUACCGGCUGUUCACUAUGAGUUCCCAGAUGGGUACCAUCAGGAUUUUGGUGGAGAAAGAUUUCGCAUCCCAGAAGCAUUGUUUGAUCCAAGUGUGGUACAAACUAGGGGUGGCUUGGUUGGCCACACCAUGUUAGGAGUUGCCCACAUUGUUACGACAAGCAUGGGAAUGUGUGAUGUCGAUGUAAGGCCUGCAUUAUAUGGAAGCGUGGUUGUAACUGGUGGAAAUUCACUUCUGCAGGGUUUCUCAGAAAGACUGAACCGUGAUCUUUCACUUCGCAUUCCUUCUAGCAUGCGCCUAAAAAUGAUCACAGCAAGUGGUACUGCUGAACGGCGUUUUGGAGCUUGGAUUGGAGGCUCAAUUCUUGCUUCUAUUGGUACAUUCCAGCAGAUGUGGAUGUCAGCACAGGAAUAUGAAGAAGGUGGCAAAGGGCAGGUGGAACGGAAAUGCCCAUAGACUUUUUCACUGUAGCUUAUAUUGUAUAACAUGAGGAGUACAAAUAAUUUACAAGUGUGCCUGCAUUCUUGUAUGUGAAAACAUUUCAUUUCAUAUAUGCUUGUCUUUGUACAUGCUUAAACUUUUAUGUUACUCACUGAACGAGAUUUGAUAAUUUCCAAGUAUUAAAAUCUUAAAUCAGU